CUGGCGUUGCAAACGCCAUGCUCUACCAACUGAGCUAGACGGGACUAUAUGUCCUGCACUAAUAUGUUUCUGCACUUACCAUGCCUUCAAUCAUUGAUAUAUUACAGGGACUGAUACAUAAAAGUCUUUGAAGUGGAGCAUAGCUAUAGAUUGUUCUGCCCUGUACCCACUGAAUAAACGGAGGGUUCAGUAGGUUGCAGUUGCAACCCAUAUGCAGCAUAAAAUAUUGCUGAUAGAAAUACAAUGGAAUUGACACCAUUUUUUAUACUAUAUAGACAAGUCUGUUCUACAUAAUGCAUUUCUAUGAACGCUCUGUAAAGUUGAGCCCUCCUCAAUAAGCCCCAGGUGUACUUGAUUUUGUCUGCAGGGAGGUGGCCAAUGGUAACUAAAUGACAAUCAACCUCACAUUCCUCAGCACCUGUUUGGUUAGUCAGGUCUGGACCAGAAUCAAGCUGAUUGCUGAAGGGGUUUGUCUCGAUCAGACAAAGAGGCUAUAAAAUGGGUUGACAGACUACAGCAGUAUUGAGAAGAAUAGUGCAGAUGUAUUUGCAGUGAUGGAUUUCAGGCAAGUAUCUGCAGGGCUUCUGUUGGUUGUGGCCUUUAGCUGUGUUAGUGAUGCUUGGGACUCCAGGCGGAUAUCAGGAUUUCUGCAUGAUGAAGUCCCAGCCAGGUUUGACGCUCAGAAGCCAGUGCAAGAAGAGCCUGUAAGACAGGACCUUAGCAAGGCUGUUGAAGAGCCUGAGAACUCACAGACAUUUGCGACGUCUCUGACUUGGACCUAUGCUGAAGUUGAAAAGCCUGAGCACAAGCCCACUGUGUUUGAGUGGCCGCAGCAGGUGGUGGCCAACAGGGUGGUGGCUCGGUGUGGGGAGAGUGUGGUCCGUGUGGAGGUGAAGCAGGACCUACUUGGCUGGCUCAUCCAGCCAGAGCGUAUCACUCUAGGAGGCUGUGCUGCCACUGAGGAGGAUGUUGAAGCUCAUGUGCUCACCUUUGAAUCAGCGCUGGAUGGCUGUGGCAGUGAGCUGACGAUGACGGAGGAUGUGCUGAUCUACACCUUCACUCUUGUCCAUGAGCCAAAACCUCUUGCUAACACUUCUAUAGUGAAGACCAGUGCAGCUAUGGUUGAUAUUGAGUGCCACUACUUGAGGAAUCACGAUGUGAGCAGCAAUGCCCUGAAGCCGACCUGGAUCCCCUACACCUCCAACAUGGUGGCAGAGGAGCUCCUCUACUUCUCCCUGAGGUUAAUGACUGCUGACUGGCAGUUUGAGAGGCCCUCCAACCAUUACUAUCUUGGUGACGUCAUCAACAUGGAAGCUUCGGUCAUGCCCUACCACCACGUUCCCCUCCGUAUCUUUGUGGACCGCUGUGUCGCCACCUUGGCGCCUGAUGUCAACACUGUCCCUAGAUACUCUUUCAUUGAGAACCAUGGAUGUCUGGUUGAUGCCAAGCUGACCGGCUCCAGCUCCCAGUUCCUGUCCAGAUCCAAGGAUGACAAGAUCCAGUUUCAGCUGGAGUCCUUCAGGUUCCAACCACGGAAUGAUUCCCAACAGCUCUACAUAACAUGUCAUCUGAAAGCAACUGCAGCCUCUUCCCCCAUUGAUGCUGAGAACAAGGCCUGCUCCUUCACAGAUGGGUGGAAGGCUGCAGGUGGGGAUGACCAGGUUUGUGGCUGCUGUGACUCCAGCUGUGCUGUGAGCAAGGCUAAUGAUCUGGACAGUGAUUCAGAUUUUCAGUGGGAAGGCGACGCUACCCUGGGCCCUGUAAUUGUCUAAGAGUAAUAUUACAGUAGUCUUUAUACAUUUGUUUUGGGGAAAUAAACUCUUAAAAUGCA